AUGGCGACGAGACAAGUUAGAGAUGAUCCUCCGGUCCACGUCAAGAAGAACCGUCGCGCUCUUUGGGACAUCGGAAACAUCACUUCUAUUCCCCGAGUCCAAGGAGGAAAGAUCAAUCAUCGCCCCUUGACCUGUAACUUCCGUGCCAAGUUACUAGAAAACGCACAAGCUGCUAACAAAAAGCAGAUCAGUGUGGACAAAGCCUCUGUUCUUGAUGAGAAACCAGAAGCUGUAAAGGCGUUCAGAUAUACAAACGAGGUUGCAAAAGCUAAAAAGGAUAAGAAGAAAGUGACUCACUCUUCUAUACUUAACGCACUAAGCAAGGCUGCUUCUUCCAAGACUCGUGAUAUUGACUCUGUCGACAAAGACAAUGAUCUUGCCGCUUUGGAGUAUGUUGAGGACAUGUACACUUUCUACAAACAAGUUGAGAAUGAGAGCAAGCCUCAGAUAUACAUGCAAACACAGCCUGAGAUUAAUGAGAAGGAGACAAAUGGUUAUAUAAAAAAUUAA